CCGCGCCCAUCAGUGGGUGAUGCUUGAUAACACCGGCGAUAACUUCACUCACUUGCAACUGCAUCCUCUUCGCAUACCAACAGCUCACAAUGACCAAACUCAUUCUAGUCACCGGGGCCACCGGCUUCAUUGGCGCCCACAUCGUCGAUGCGCUGCUAUCUCGCGGGCUGCGGGUGCGCGGGGCAACGCGCUCGCUGGCCAAGGGCAGCGCUAUGAUCCAAGCGCGACCGCAACCCGCCGGACAGCUCGAGUUCGUACAAAUCGAGGACUUUGAGAAGCCAGGCGGUCUGGUUGAGGCCGUGCAAGGCGUGGAUGGUGUGAUCCAUACCGCCAGCCCAUUUACCUACGACACGACGGACAACGAGAAAGAAUUAAUCCGACCCGCCAUCAACGGCGUUCGCGCCAUCCUCGACGCCGCCGCCACGAACCCACAGAUCCAGCGCAUCGUGCUCACCUCAUCCUUCGCUUCCAUCCUGGACGUCAAUCGCAAGGGCCCGCCGUAUUUCACAUUCACUGGGGAGGACUGGAACCCGCUGAGCUACGAGGAGGCCGCCGAUCCCGCGACCAGCUCUGUCGUGGCGUAUCGCGGGUCGAAGAAGUUCGCCGAGUUGGAGGCAUGGACGUAUGUCAGGGAACAGAAGCCCUCGUUUGACCUAGUAUCGCUGUGUCCGCCCAUGACGUUUGGCCCGGUGGUGCAUCCCGUGCCGAGUGUGGACCGGCUGAACGAGUCCAAUGCCAUGCUGUGGAAGAUAGCGAGUGGAGCGAGCCCGCUGCCCGUGGCCCGGGUGCCGUUUUGGAUCGACGUGCGGGAUCUGGCUGUCGCGCAUGUCGAGGCGUUGCUGAAGCCGGGGGUGGGGAAUCGUCGCUAUGCGCCUGCAUCACCGGAGCGAUUCUCGUACGGUCUGGCGGCCAAUAUCAUGGCGGAGGAAUUCGAGGCCCUCCGAGGGAAGGUGAUGUUGGAGGAGCAGGGACUUGACGAGAGUUACGGGUUGGAUGGUGAGACGGCGGCCAAGGAGCUGGAGUACUCCUAUCGGCCUUUCCGAGAAACGGUCAGAGAUCUCGUGGCGCAGGCUAUCGAGAUGAACGAGGCAUCCUAAUCAUGAUGAUACGAAACUCUAAUAAAGUAUUAUUCUAACC